CGGGGCUCGGACAGCAGCUCGGCGCUGGGCGGCCGCACGCGGGCCUUGCAGGCCUACCAGGAUGGAGGGGCAUGCUGAAAUAGAGAUGCUGGGGACACUGAAGGGGCCCUCCACAGGGGAGGUCAGCGUGCACCUGGUGGCCAGAGACAGCCCAGGUUCCGGCUCUCACCUGCCCGCUGCUGCCUUUAUCAUUCCAGCCAGCUCGGCCACCCUUGGUCUGCCCAGCAGUGCCCUGGAUGUGUCCUGCUUUCCGCGGGAGCAGAUCCAUGUGGGCACCCCGGAGCGAGUGGCUGGCAGCGUACCUGUCACCGCCACCGUUCUGCCACAGUUAAGCGCUGGGCCGGCGGCCAGCCCCAGCACAGUGCGGCUCCUGGAGUGGACCGAGGCCGCGGCCCCGCCUUCUAGGAGUGGCCUGCGGUUCCAGAUAAGCGAAUACGCACCGCCGAACAUGGUAGGAGCGGAGCAGCCCCCAAGCCCCGAGCUGCGGCGGGAAGGCGUGGCCGAGUACGAAGAUGGCGAGGCCCUGGCGGGAGGUGGCGAUGCGGGCCCCCAACAGCCGGAAGACCUCCCCCAGGACCCUCCAGAAGAUAACCCUCAGGACCCGCCAGAGGAGGAUGAUGGCACCUGCCAGUGCCAGGCGUGUGGGCCUCAGCAAGGCGCUGGUCCAGAUCCUGGUGCCGCCAAUGAUGGCUGCCCCCAGCUGUUCCAGGAGCGGUCAGUCAUAGUGGAGAACUCUUCAGGCCAGAACAACUCCUGCACCAGCGCUUCUGAGCUCCUCAAACCCAUGAAGAAAAGGAAGCACAGGGAAUAUCAGAGCCUAUCUGAGGAGGAGUCGGACCCGGAGGCCAUGGAGAAGCAAGAAGAAGGAAAGGAUCCAGAGGGACAACCCACCACUAGCACCCCAGAAAGUGAGGAGUGGAACAGCAGCCAGCCUGCCUCAGGGGAGAAGAAGGAAGGCUGGUCGUGGGAAUCCUACCUUGAGGAGCAGGAGGCCAUCACUGCCCCCGUCAGCCUCUUCCAGGACUACCAGGCGGUCACCCAUAACAAGAAUGGCUUCAAACCGGGCAUGAAGUUGGAAGGCAUUGACCCUCAGCACCCAAGCAUGUACUUCAUCCUCACCGUGGCUGAGGUGUGUGGCUACCGCCUACGUCUGCACUUCGAUGGGUAUUCCGAGUGCCACGACUUCUGGAUCAAUGCCAGUUCCCCUGACAUUCAUCCCGCUGGCUGGUUUGAGAAGACAGGGCACAAGCUGCAGCCCCCCAAAGGUUACAAGGAGGAGGAGUUCAGCUGGAGCCAUUACCUGCGCAGCACAAGAACCCAGGCUGCCCCCAAGCACCUGUUUGUGAGCCAGAGCCACAGUCCCCCACCCCUGGGCUUCCAGGUGGGCAUGAAGCUGGAGGCCGUGGACCGCAUGAACCCAUCCCUCAUCUGUGUGGCCAGUGUGACCGACGUGGUGGACAGCCGCUUCCUGGUGCACUUUGACAACUGGGAUGACACUUACGACUACUGGUGUGAUCCCAGCAGCCCCUACAUCCACCCGGUGGGCUGGUGCCAGAAGCAAGGAAAGCCCCUCACCCCUCCACAAGACUACCCAGACCCUGACAGCUUCUGUUGGGAGAAAUAUCUGGAAGAAACUGGGGCCUCUGCCGUGCCCGCCUGGGCCUUCAAGGUGCGACCCCCGCACAGCUUCCUGGUCAACAUGAAACUGGAGGCCGUGGACCGCAGGAACCCAGCCCUAAUUCGUGUGGCCAGCGUGGAGGAUGUGGAGGACCAUCGGAUAAAGCUCCACUUUGACGGCUGGAGUCACGCCUAUGACUUCUGGAUUGAUGCCGACCACCCUGACCUCCACCCCGCGGGCUGGUGCUCCAAGACAGGGCAUCCCCUGCAGCCUCCCCUCCGACCCAGAGAGCCCAGCUCUGCCUCCCCUGGGGGCUGUCCCCCUCUCAGCUGUCGAAGCCUGCCACAGACCAGGACCUCCAAGUACAGCUUUCACCACCGAAAGUGCCCCACUCCUGGUUGUGAUGGCUCUGGCCACGUCACAGGCAAGUUCACAGCCCACCACUGCCUCUCGGGCUGCCCACUGGCCGAGAGGAACCAGAGCCGGCUGAAGGCAGAGCUGUCCGACACGGAGGCCUUGGCCCGUAAGAGGAACCUCUCGGGCUUCUGCCUAAGGAAGAAGCCUCGCCAUCACAGCCGGUGCGGAGGGCAAGGGUGCAGGGCCUCGAGUCCUCCUGGGCCAGGCCAGGCCCUCAUUCCCUGCCACGGACCUGGUCCCUCUCUCUCCAGGAUCGGACGCCCUCCAAAGUAUCAGAAGAUCCCACAGGAAGAUUUCCCGACACUGACCACUGACGUCAUGCACCAGUCCCUCUUCAUGUCGGCCCUGUCGGCCCACCCCGACCGGUCGCUGUCAGCGUGCUGGGAGCAGCACUGCAGGCUCCUGCCGGGAGUGGCGGGCAUCUCGGCCUCGACAGUCGCCAAGUGGACCAUCAAUGAGGUCUUCGGCUUUGUUCAGACCCUGACAGGUUGUGAGGACCAAGCACGGCUCUUCAAAGAUGAGAUGAUUGACGGCGAGGCCUUCCUUUUGCUGACACAGGCGGACAUUGUGAAGAUCAUGAGUGUCAAGCUGGGCCCAGCCUUGAAGAUCUAUAACGCCAUUCUCAUGUUCAAAAACGCCGACGACACCUUAAAGUGACUGGCUCAGGGCUGGUCUCUUAAAUAUCUCCCUCUGCAGCUGCUGCUUCCUUCCCUGCUUGAGUUCCUCACACCCGAUCCGUGCCCCUGCCACCCUCUAUCCCUUAUCAGGGGUGGUCCUUCUCUCCAGGCCUGCCUUGUACAAGGUACAGGGAAGCAGAGGAGCCCUGGGGAGGAUGGAGUCCUGGCCCCCGAGUCCUAGAGCUCAUCUGCCAGCGGGCACACCGGUCAGGGUGAGACUGGGCAGGGGGAGCACCACUGAUGGAGAAGUUUGAAGGUGCCCCACCCAUGGCGGCCCCGCAUCUCCAGCGACUUGUUUCAUCACCAAAGGGUCUUUCUCUCAGCCGUUAAGAACAGUCUGGUAGAACAGGAGUCCUCCAGUCUGAGGCCCUUUUCUCUUUGGAUCUCUCUGCGCUCUUGCUUCCUUGUUCCCUUUCCUCCUAUCAGGAAGCGACCCUGCCAAAAAUGUAUUUAUUCAAAAAGACACCUCCCCUCUUUCUGUCUGCUGGUUUUGCUGCCCACAUUCUGCUGCCUGGUUUCCUGGGCACGGCCCAGCCAGACCCCGCUGGCUCUUCCCCCUUAGAUGGGUGAGCCCCAGAGAUAUGUCUUCAUAGGAUCCAUUGGGAGGCUUUGGCUGCCUUUCUCUUUUUUGCCUGGAAGUGGGGGAUUCUGAGCCAGGAUGCCUUCUUCAACACGCCCAGUUCUGGACCACUUGGUAUUUUAGUGUCCCAUGCCCCGUCCUGUUUCCAGUAGAGUGGGUGGUUAGAACCUGUUUAACUUCUGUAGCAGAGGUUAAGGUUCCACGAUGUCCCCCCUACACCCCUUCUGUAUCAAGUAUAAAGAGGAGGCACCCUGGCUGGCUAGGUGGCUGACGCCAGCCCCAGGGUACAUGAGAUAACCUCGGGCCUUGGGCCAGCAGGGCAGUCCGGCAGGCAUGGUGGCUUUCAAAGCUGGGUAUAGCAUCCUUCUCCGCAGCCAUGGGUCUCAGCCAACGUGUUGCCCGGGGUUUAAGGGCCCUAUGCCUGCCAGGCCUCCCGCCGUGGGGAUGUAGCACUCUGCCUGGCACAUACACCCCAUGGCAUCACAUUCAACCUGUCCCUUAAAUGUCUUGCUCUUGGGGAGUCUUACAAACACCCCUUGAAGUUGGGAGUUGGGAAGAAGGUGAAUUCUAUCUUCAAAGUCUCCAUGUCCCUUAAGCCUCUCUUACCACUCUCCAUCUGUCUUGCACUGCCAGCCGGGUGCCUGCCAGGGCUCUGGGACUUUGACCUUUCUGUCCAAGAGGGGGCCUAGCCUCCACUGAGCCACUGCCAAGCCCGCCUCCCAGCCUACAGGGGCGGGGGCAGAGGCCACGGCAAGAGCCAGCCCCACACGUGGAGGUGAGGCGCCACCGCCAAGCUCCUGUGGAGCCAGGGGCCUUCCCCAGACCCCUGCUGUCCAUCACGUGAUGUGUAUGUGCGGGCGCGUGUAGGGCACUCUUGGAAGUGUUCGACGGGGUGCAGGUGUGAGGCCCGGUGCUGGGAAAAUGUCAAGGGCUAUUAUUGUUAAAAUAUGAAGCUUUAUCUUUGGGAAACCCAAAGCUCUGUUGAGUUCCUGCCCCAGUCCAGGAGGGGACCUUCUCUCACAGAGGCAGCUUGGCCAGGGCAGCCAUUCAGCUCCCCCAGCUGAGCUGCCGCAGGGCUGCAGAUGGUCCUCAGAGGCCCUACCUUCCUGGAAGGGCUCGGCCAGGCCCUGCCUCGGGCUGGGGGUUGGGUUUACAGAGGCUGCACUGGGGCCCCCUUGGCCAGGAGUAAGGAGGAGCGAGCUGAGCCUCUCUCUCUUGGUUGCUUGGGUGGCAGUAAAACCCACCAGCUCCGUGGCCUCGUCUGCUCCUUGUGAAACUGGGGAGAGAUGCCCGUUGACUCUGGUGUGAGGAGAAGACAGCAAGUACACACAGCUGUGCUGUGGGGCCUCUCCGCUUCUAAGGAGCGUAGCUGGGACAGCUGUGCCAUGUGGGUCUGUCCACCACCAUCCUAACGCUUGUCUACAGGAGAGACAGGGUGGACCAAGGGCCUUGGAGAAAAGGGCCCCCAGGCCUCCGAACUUGGAGACCUCAGCACUGUCUGCGCCAACAUCAAACUCUGGAAAGAAACCAAAUCAUAAAAAAGGGGGAAAGAAAUCUGCCUUCUGUCCACCCCGCUGCCCCUUCACCCCUAUCCCUUCCCCAAAUGAGAUCAUUGCACCUUGACCUGGGCGCGUGCGGUGAGGGGUGAGGGGAGGGAGUUGGCACCGCUGCCCUGUGCCCUCCGCCCUGCUCUCCAGCAGCAGGAACCACAUACCCUUUGGCCCCCAGCAGCCUCUCCCAGCCCUUGCCCAGCCCUGGCCUAGGGCAGUGAGACGCUUUCUGUUUAAUAUAUGAAGCAGGAGAAUGAUCCCAGAGUUCAAAAAUGAAGCCUGUUUGCACUUUCAUUCACAUGCACUUUGGUGGAGUUAAUGUUUUUUGUACUUGCCUCCUGAGAGUGUGUGUGUGUCUGCGCGUGUUUGUGGGUGCACGCACAUGUGCGUGUUCUUUAAGAGAAUCCGCUGGUUAAAGAUAAAGUCACUCUUGACUCUUGAGAGAGAAAAAGUAGCAAACAAAAUGUGGUGUAUUUUGUCAGUGUAUUGAAACAACAUAAAUAAACCUGAAG